AUGUCAAAAAAUGACUCAAUUCCAUGGGUAGAGAAGUAUCGCCCACAGAAAUUGGAGGAAAUAGUUGGGAAUGAGGAAAUUGUUCAAUCUCUUGGCUUUUUCGUUGAGAAAGGAAAUCCGCCUCACUUCAUCAUGUCGGGUCCACCAGGCUGUGGAAAAACGACUGCUAUUUGGGCGAUGGCGAGGGAGUCACUUGGAGAGUAUGUGAAGAACGGCGUGCUCGAACUGAAUGCUUCAGAUGAUAGGUAA